AUGCGAAUACCACACAAUAUCAAUCAAAGCACUUUACAAGUUUACACUCCAUCGACCGAUACUACAGAUCUUAUCGGAGAACAAUCCAGAAAACUAGUUUCAGAAAACUUCGAAUGGGACAAGAACCAAUGCCAUUCAUUGAAAGAAUAUUGCGUUGCUGCCAUAGCAAAAUAUUUCAAAGACAAACCUUUACUUAAAGAAUUACCAUGUGAAGAUCUAGUUUAUUUGCUCGAUAUUCUGCCUCUAGACCUUCCCCUUGAGUUUAUUAUUCCGUUAAUUGACAACGAACAUUAUUGGGAAAGAAGAUUUGUGGACGCUUUUAAAUAUAAUUGGAGAACUAAGCCAGUAGGUUGGGAUUGGAAAACUUUAUACUUGGAAAGGCAUUGUCAAAAAAUGGUCGAGGAAGCCGAGCCUCAAUAUGAAGAUGAACAAACUUUUGAUGAGAUUCUUGAAUUAUGCAAUUUAUAUGUCAAAAGAUUAUUUGUGGAGCAGCUUCAAAUGUGGAAACCACCAUUAACUAUGGAAAAAGAGGAUAUUCCAGAAAUAUGGCCGAUACAACACAUAAGCUUUAUUCCUAUCUUAAAAAAACUAAACAAUCUUGAGGAAUUUGAUUUGAUAUUUGGUAUGAAGAACGUCGGAGUAGAUUUCGAGUGGAAUAUGUUUAAAGUUUCCCCAGCAGAUUGUCAGAAACUAGGUAAAGCUUUCCAAGAUCAUCAGAAUCUUAGAAUUAUUAGAAUUCAUAGAAGCAAAUUAGAAUUUCGACACUGUCAAGCACUAAUUCAGGGCUUAGUAGGACACCACACUGUGCAGGUCUUAGAUUUAUCCCAUUGUAAAAUUGGAGACACAGGAGCUUUGUGUUGUGCUUAUCUUUUAAAAACAGGCACCAACUUGAAAACAUUGAAUCUUUCCAACAAUGAUAUUGGUAAAAUUGGUAGUGAAGGCAUAGGUUUUGCAAUGCUACAAGGAAAUUGCGAAAUGCUUCACGAACUAAACUUGCGGUGCAAUCCGUUGGGAACUGAAGGUGUUAUGGGAAUAAUGAGAGCUGUAGUACGUUGUGCAAUUCCCAAAAUACUUUGCAUAGCAGCUUGCUCAUUCGAAGACGAAACUGCGGUAAAAAUAUGCCAAAUGCUGAAACUUAAUGAUACACUUAAAGAAUUAGAUAUUAGUGCUAAUUGGAUUGGAGAUGAUAUAGGUGAUAUGCUAGUAGAAUCACUAGAAUCAAAUGAAAUUAUCGAAAAACUGGAUGUUCGUGAAACGGAUAUAUCAAGUGAGCAAUUAGGGAAAAUUCAAGAAAUAUUGAAAAGGAAUGUAGAGAGUGCGUUGUUGGCAAAAUUAAAUCCUAGUGGGGAAGAUAUAUGAUUUUUUAUCAUUGAUGUUAUUAGGUCUGUUACUGCAGAAAUCAUAAACCAGUCAGAGCGAAUUUUAUUGGUUGAAAACAGUCAGAAAGCUAGUUUUAACCAAUGAAAUUCACUCUGACUGGUUUGUGAUUUCUGCAGAAACUUAUAUUGUAACUUAUGCUUCCGCCAUAUUGUCCAG